AUGACGCCGAUGCCUUCCCAGGUAGUAGCUGGCGCGAAGCAAUCAAUCGAGCAAUCCGGUCUCUAUCUUGUGAAGGAUCAAGACGCGGAGGAUCAGACGCAGACUGAGAUCUCCACGAAAGGGAGACAGUUCGCCUUGUUUUAUGAUGCCGGGUAUCACACUAAAACGCCCGAAGGAUUGGACUUCAUCAUUCAUAACACUCUCGGGGAUCCGGUAGUAGGACAGAUCAUACGAUCAUUUAUUCCCGAGCCUCGCUGGGGAUACCUCCGGUUUUUUAGCGAUCGACUCUCUUCCGAGUACGCAUGGUUCUUCCAUAUACGCGAUUGGAACAAGGAGGAGGAAGCUGUGUAUACCCUCGUCGUGCAGUUCUGGUUCCCCGGGUCCACCGUUGCGUACUACAAUGGGUCGCAAUCCAACUCGUUUAACGCCGAUGACGCGGAGAACUGGGGGCUCUUGAGGACUCCUACAUCAAAUAUGGACAAGGAAGGAAUCACCGAGACGGUGGUCGAUCUCCCGAAGGGUGGAUAUGCUAUCAUUGACAGCCGACUGGGCUGGACAUGCCGUCACGGCAAGUUCAUCAACAUUGCUUUCGGAACCGAUGAAGAAGUUGCGACAUGGGCAAAAAUGUCACUGCCCGAUAUGGAAGACCUCAGAUCAAAAGUCUCCAAGCUACAGGAACAGGGUUUCAGGUUGAACUUCAAAUUUGAAUAA